UUGAAAAUUUGAAAAUAUUCCGAUAAAUAAUAAAAAUAAAAUUCUAAAUAUCUUUCAUUUCGAAACUGUAAAUGCCAAUACUCUUGAAAUAUGUCUCCAGAUUUGGCUGACGAAAAUGCUGUGGACAGUAACAUCAAGCCUGAACUACAAUUUCCUAUCCAUAACCUUGGAGAUGACCAAAGUAAUAGUUGCGAAUCGAUGCAGUCAUUUCAAUUGGUAGGUAUUCAUUCCAGAAAGAGAAGUUCACAUCGCUUUGAGCAAACGAAGCAAGUACCCCAGGAAUCUGUUAUUUCGAAACAAAAAGUUUACGAACCCAGCCAAUUUGACGAUAAAUUGGAAAAACUUACAAAACAAACCUAUAACCAGUCAUUAGAGGAUAUCAUAACAGAAAAAAACCCGCAGUUUCAUGAAUCGAACAGUGAUGAUUGGGAGACUUGCAAAAAGACGAAUUUUGUGGAAUUGGUUAAUAGCCGCCAUCCCAGUUAUACUUUCAAGAAUAUUGAUUAUUCUAUGGUGUGUGAUUUGGCUUAUUCGAAGGCGAAAUAGAAAUACAAUUCACAACUACUCUGUGAAAUGGAAAACAUAUGCCAUAGUACCAGAAUAUGCGACCAGUUUUUCACCAAAAGGUAGUGAAUUUGGGGCUCAAAUGGUUUUCACAAUUUAUUUGUCUUGUCCCUUUCAAGGCUUUUUACCUAUGCAACGACGUGGCCUCCUCUCCACACAAAGGCCGAACUGAAUUUAUUUAUAGCCAAGUUUUUCCAACUACCACCGAAGCAAAAAAGGCGCUUAAAUUAUUUAAUGACAAACGACAUAGUCUAAUGGCCAAGACCUAUCAAGACUUUAAUU